AUGUCAGACACCCGACCAAUUAUGCAUUAUGGAAACCUGCUCUCACGAAAACCCGCUUUGAAACCCCAACAAAAACCACAAGCCGUAAACCUACUCAUGGGUUAUGCCCAGCUGGGUGCCACGUUUACAGUGGAUGCCUCCCUGAUCGAUCAGUCUCAUUUCGAAGAAGUCAAGAACAAGGGCUUCCUCGGUGGUCAGGCUGGUGGCGGUGUUGUUGGCGUCAAGAAGCCGAGGCCAAAUAGCGGAUUUCUUGGAACUUUCAACUUCAAUAGUAUUGGAGACUCUCUGAACAGCUUGAUGGGAGGGGAGAAUUUGAGCAGCGUGAAAGAAAUGCACGCGGUCACGAACGCGAGGGCCAUCCCUCUGCUGUCCACACCACAAUCAUUACUUUUUGUGGAUCUACAUCUCGAACCUGGCGAAGAAAGGAGCUAUUCCUACAAUUAUCCGCUGCCACAUGGCUUACCUUCGAGUCAUCGUGGGAAAGCCAUCAAGAUAUCUUACAACCUCACAAUCGGUGUCCAAGGCCUACCUGGAGGCCGCGAUGCCCACUCCGUCCGACAGGUGAACAUUCCGGUCCGUGUAUUCUCUGGAGUCAAUUACGAUGGAGAAAUCUACGGUCACGAUCUUAUGCAGCCACACGUUAUCCUUCGGGAUUUAGCCCGGACAAAAUCCAUAUCUUCGGCGGAAGAUCAGGAAGAACCAGAAACACCAAUCACAAAAUCCGAUGAGGCCUCAACCACCGAGUUCUUGCAAUUUGUCGACACUCUGCUGGAUCGCCACCGAAGACGUCAAUCAAGCAGUGGAACCAUGGAGGCGUUUCUGAGUGGUCAAGCCGCUGGAGAUCCUCGGAAAGCCGCUCAGUCGAUCAACCGAGCAAUCCAGUUCGGGAACCAGCUUCAAGACAACCAAUCCAGCUCUAACCGUUUUGAUAUCUCCCGCAACGGCCUUCGAGUCGCAGUCAUCGUCAUUGACAGGCCCUUACAUCGAUUAGGGGAGACUGUCACAGCAGUAGUCGACUUCUCCGACAGUCAAGUUCACUGCUCCAUGCUCAGAUCAACACUCGAGACUUGUGAGAAAGUCACACCCUCACUUGCGGUCCGCUCUGCCGCCACCAUCAGCCGCAUCACGCGCAAGACCUAUGGAGGGCGGUCGGAAAACCUCCUGUUCUCCAAACGCGCGACCUUCGCCCCCAGUAUCCCAGCAUCAGCGACCCCUACGUUCAUCACCACCGGCGUCAACCUCGAGUGGAGUCUGCGCUUUGAGUUCGGCACCAUCAAGCACACAGAGAAUGAGGUCGGAGAGGCAGAAGGCGGAGGCGGAGGGGGGGGAGGAGGAGAAGCCGCACCCGCGAUGAGCCUCCUGGAGGAAGUCGCCAAGGACGAACGUGGCACAGUCAAUGUGGCGGUCGAGAACUUGGACUGUGAGAGUUUCGAGGUCGUUAUUCCCAUCACUGUCUACGGCGAUCUCGUCCCCGACGGUCGAGAGGCGGAAGAUAUUUCCGGCGUGCCUAUUUGA